AUGUCGCAAGCUGCGGUGGACAAGGUGCAGAGCCAUGCCCAAGUCGAAUCAGCAGCUGGAUGGUCGCGAAGGAUUGAAGUGGUGGGCAUUUUGCUGGUGUUGGGUUCGAUAUGCUUCAACUGCCUUGGAGCGCUGCUGGUCGAGCGUUUUCUGAAGGGCAGCGGAGAGCUGUAUGAGCAGAAGGCGCAGCUUUUGCUUGGUGAAGUGCUGGUGAACUCCAUUGUGGUGUUCGUGAUUCCGCUUUUCAUCUUCGAUCAGGAGGUCUACGCAACCAUUUCUCCGUGGCAUCGUGGAUUCUUUGCCGGUUGGGAUGGUCGAGUGCUUCUUUGUGCAGUUCUCUGGAUUCCAGCUGGUUGGACAGCAACCAUUCUGGUGAAGCGCUGUUCCAACCUGCUCAAGACCGUUGCCCAAGCAUCCUCAUCCGUUCUGACCUAUGUUUUCUCGGUGGUGCCAUUGAGCCGUGGACCAUCGACAUGGGCACACAUCGUGACGUGGCUGGGACCGCCUCUGACACCUGAGCCUGUGUCCUCUCCCGUUGUCUUGCUGGCCAUUAGCGUGAUGCUUGCAGCGCUGAGCUUCGGUGCAGAUCGGGCCGAACGCGACAACAGGUCCCAUUCUUCGACAAGAAAAACACUGCCAAGGCAUAGCAGCACGUUGGAGAUGAAGCAGGUGGAGGUGGACUGGAAGCUGGAUCACGCGUACCAGAUGCAGGUGGCUCCACGCCAGCGAUCAAGGCAAACCAGCAUUGAGGAUGGAGGAAUGGAAACAGCCUCCUCCGCUGAUAGUGUUCUACUCCCUGCGAAAGCCAGCUAA